AUGGGCCCGCUCGCCCUGCCCCUCCAUACCACCUGCACCUCGGUGAUCACCUGGAUGUCCAGGGUGCCCUUUGUAGAGAAAAUGGACAGUGUCACAGGUGGCAUGGAGACAUCUCGCCAAACCUGUGGCGACAAGCUCACAGCAGUGGAAAAUGACUUGAGAAAAUUAGGGGACCAAACUGGGAAGAAAGCUAUAAGCGCCAACUCAGAGCUCUCCACCUUCAGAUCACACAUUCUGGAUCUUCGACAACAACUUCGUGAGAUCACAGAGAAGACCAGCAGGAACAAAGAUACGCUGGAGAAGUUGCAGGCGAGUGGGGAUGUACUGGUGGACAGGCAGAGUCAACUGAAAGAAACUCUGGAGAAUAACACUUUCCUCAUCACCACUGUGAACAAAACCCUGCAGGCGUACAAUGGCUACGUCACAAAUCUGCAACAAGAUACCAGCGUGCUGCAGGGCAAUCUGCAGAGCCAAAUGUAUUCUCACAACGUGGUCAUUAUGAACCUCAACACUAACCUGACCCAGGUGCAGCAGAGGAACCUCAUCACUAACCUGCAGCGGUCUGUGGAUGACACGAGCCAGGCCAUCCAGCGAAUCAAGAACAACUUCCAAAAUCUACAGCAGGUUUUCCUUCAAGCCAAGAAGGACACUGAUUGGCUGAAGGAGAAAGUGCAGAGCCUGCAGACACUGGCUGCCAAUAACUCUUCCUUGGCCAAAGCCAACAACGACACCCGAGAUAUGAACAGCCAGCUCAGCUCAUUCACAGGUCAGAUGGACAACAUCACCACGGCCUCACAAGCCAACGAGCAGAACCUGAAAGACCUGCAGGAUGUACACAGGGAUGCGGAGAACAGAAUGGCCAUCAAGUUCAGCCAGCUGGAAGAACGCUUCCAGCUCUUUGAGACGGAUAUUGUGAACAUCAUCAGCAACAUCAGUUACACAGCUCACCACCUUCGGACACUGACCAGCAAUCUGAAUGAAGUCAGGACCACUUGCACGGAUAUGCUGACCAAACACACAGACGAUCUGACCUCCUUGAAUAAUACGCUGGCCAACAUCCGCUUGGAUUCUGUUUCUCUCAGGAUGCAACAAGAUAUGAUGAGGUUGACGUCCAGAGCUGGCUUUUGUGACUGGUCUGAGACCGUAAGUAUCUGGAGAGGUGAAGGAUCUGAUUUCUGCCCUGGCCGUGGGAAGGUGGGGCGGUCCCGCCCCCCGAAGUCGCUAGAGUGGGAGCCGGGGAACGCCUUUUCGCCUUCCCCGCCCACGAAGUUUGCUGCGCCCUGGCAGAGACGACAUCUGCUGGCCCGAGGCUGGGCGCUGUCAGUUCCUGGUCCGGCGGGUGCCCGCUCCAGCCGCUGCAGGUUCCAGAACAGAAAAGCCGCCUCCAGGCUGCAGAUCCGCCGCCGCCCACACCCGAGGCUGCGCCCGCUGGUCGCGUGA